AUGGGUAGAUACGGCGGAAACAGAGGCCGGGGUGGUAGCAGGGGAGCUAAGAGAGGAAGAAUGGGCAAUGGCCGAAGAGAUAGGAAAGCAGAAGGAGAUGACGGCCAAGUGGAGUACAAGUCGUAUCCGAAAAUCGAGACUAAUAAUGAGAACCUCAAAGCGUACUAUAAGAUGCACCCACAGAUGAUUCCUGAGGAUGAGUUCGAUGCCUUCUAUUCUACUUUGCAGAAG